AUGAAGACCAGACUCCGCGCCUCCAGCCCCGUCGAGGUCGUCAAUCCGCUGCUCAACCCGCCGCCUCAAAUCAGCCGCAAGUACCAAGGCGCUCUCAGACGCCUCCUCCACGCAAAGAUCGGCGGCGUGCGCGAGGAGGACAAGCCCCUAAUCCAGUUCAUCAUGCCCACCAUCAUCCGCGCCGCCAACGAUCCCCUCAUGCCGGACCCCGACCGCUUCUACCAGGACCCUGACUACGUCCCGGACUACAAUAGCCUUCUGCGGCUGGUACAGCAGUUGCGGGCUUGGUAUGGUGUCCGGCCGUCCUUCUGGAGAUGA